CGUGACUCAUUGGUCACAUGAGUCAUAAGAAAAGUUUGAUGUCCCAGCCAAGGUUUCAGACAAAGUUUUAGAAAACUUAAUGGAAGUUUUGAAAGUGCAGUGAUUUGAGAUGCGCAAAGUUGUGUGGCUUCUUCCAGCAGGGAAACAACACAAAAAACUGACCAGCUGGAAUAUCAAUACAGUUAAUGACUCUUGACAGAUUACAGUCGGGAAUCUGAAAGUUUGUUUUGCGACUGGAUGUGUGAGAGAAGAGAAAACAACUUUUAAAAUACAGCGACUGAACUGUGAGCACGUAUCUUUGUUGGGCGUCCUUUUGGGCAAGGAAUAAAAGCCUCAAAAGUUCGCCCUCGAAUUACCAAGAUUGAGCUUUUAAACUUUAGUGUAGUUUUUAAAAGAAGAAGAAAAAAAUACUGAGGAAAAAUAAUAUAUUCGACUUCUUGGAGUACUGUUUUAAAACUGGCAUCUGAUUUUUACUUUUUGUUGGAUUUAAAUAAAGGGGACAUCUCGUUUCUGAUUUUUUCUUUUUUCUUUUGGUGAACUCGGACACCAUAGAGUUUUUUGUUGUUUUUGGAAGCAUGGAUCCGAGCCAGCACAACCCUCCAGUGGGCCACCAGAUCAUCCAUGUCCGGGGCGACUCGGAGACCGAUCUGGAAGCGCUAUUCAACGCUGUCAUGAACCCGAAAACUGCCAACUUGCCCCCUUCAUUGCCCAUGAGAAUGAGGAAACUUCCCGAUUCCUUCUUCAAGCAACCCGAGCCAAAGUCCCAUUCCAGACAAGCUAGCACAGACGCUGGCACAGCCGGCAGCCUCACCCCCCAGCAUGUGCGGGCACACUCCUCGCCUGCCUCCCUGCAGCUGGGUACAGUGUCCCCCGGCUCAAUCACAGGAACAAUCCCUCCUGGUGCGCCCCCACAACACCUCCGGCAGUCCUCCUACGAGAUCCCCGAUGAUGUGCCACUGCCUCCUGGCUGGGAGAUGGCGAAAACCCCUUCCGGGCAGCGAUACUUUCUCAAACGUUUCCUUUCCUCUUGGGGAUUCAUUUGGUUAAAACUAAUGUUCCACUUUUGUUUUCCUUUCAGCGGGACUUACCACUCCAGGGAUGAAAGCACAGACAGUGGACUGAGCAUGAGCAGCUACAGUGUGCCCAGGACGCCUGACGACUUCCUUAACAGUGUGGAUGAAAUGGACACAGGCGACUCCCUUGGUCCGAGCGCCAUGGCCACGCAGCCUAGCCGCUUCCCAGACUACCUUGACGCCAUCCCGGGCACCAACGUGGACCUGGGCACCCUGGAGGGCGACAGCAUGGCAGUGGAGACCGAGGAGCUGAUGCCCAGCCUGCAGGAGGCGCUCAGCUCCGACAUCCUGAACGACAUGGAGUCUGUGCUGGCAGCCACCAAGAUCGACAAAGAGAGCUUCCUCACGUGGUUAUAGAGGAAGGCAAGCAUCCUCCCCUUUCCCACAUACCCCACUGCAUGUGCGGGUCUCCUCACAAAAACUGCUGCCUAACAAAAUCUGUGGAGGAGAUGAAGAUGAUUACUGUUCCUUUUUUAUGUUUUUUGUAUCACAUUUCAGUCUUUCAGGACUUGUUUCCUUUUCUGUGAAAGAUGUUUCCUUUAUUGAUAUAUAAAAAGAAAAGGGUAAACAAGACAUAUGUGGAGGCAAUUCUGCUUUUCUUCUUUGUCCUCAAAGGCUGGCCUAUGAAUUGACACUUUAAGGGCCCCCCAAAUCUUUAAGCCUCUGUUUUUUUAUGUUUUGGACACUUACUGGUUCAAGUAUUGAGCCCCGAUGAGCAGAACUGGGCCAGUGUGGGUAUUACUUAGUAUGUAUGUGUUUUGCAGACCUUUGCAAAAGUAACCAACAAUCUUCUGUGUUCUCUGCCUCACAUUUGGCCAAAAUCAUCAAUACCAGAAUUGAUAUACAUUGGGACGUCCUACUACUCCAGUUUCAGCAUUUAAAAACAUAUUUUGUUUAUUCCUUUUCUUUAUUUUGUGUGUGCCUGAGAAACCAAAAAUGACGUAUCUGAACAAGCGAAAUGGAACUCUUCUCAGUACUGAUUUGGGAGUCCAGAGACGACGCCCAGUUUUGAUGAUCUCACUGCCGCGAUGGGAGGGGCUUAGUGUUCAGAUCCUGCUGCUUGGCUGGGCCAGCAUGUUUCUUUUUCUUAGAUGUGUCCUCAUCAAAUCAAGUGCCUUCAAUUGUAUUGUUUUUUUUUUUUUUUGGGGGGGGGGGGGGGGGGACAAACAUAUAAUGCAUCAUAAAUCAGUAUAUUAGAGUAAGAAAUAUUAAUAUGAUGCACCAUGAAUGUUCUUUCACAUUCUACAGUAUAAUCAAAAUUAUAUUUCUGCCAAGAUCUGUUUUAAACAUUUUAAGAUAGUGGUUUUAUGAGAAAUAUAUAGUAAUGGGUAUUUGGUGAUCUUAAAAAAAAAAAAAAAAAAGUGAAAAAAACCCUUGCUUCUUUAUUUUACAUAGUCUUAUUUAAGUCAGAUGUGUCCUUGUGUUUUAUCUGGUUUCCUUUUUUUAGUAUGAUUCGUGUACAUUCAUGCCUUGCAUACAUUGUUAGUUGAAACAUAUAUACUAGAUGAAACCUUCUUCGUAACCUUUUUUAGUUGCUAUUUUAAUGGAUGGUUUUUUAAAAGAAAGACUUUUCAGCACAUUACUGUGGGGCUGAGUUAUUAGGAUGUUGUAAGAGUUGGGUUUGCUACCCCUUCAGAAUCUGUCCUAGUUCUGUGUAGAAAUGAAGAGGCUCUAUCGCCAGGAUGUAAUGUUAUAUACAUCUCAAGUAUAAAACAGAACGAAACACCCUGCUUGGAACACCUGCUUUCUGAUAGCUGAUAUGAAUCUCACAAAAUACAGCAGCAGUGCUGGAAAUAUUUUGUAAAAAUGUUUAUUAAAACGACAUGCCUGUCAACUAUUUUUCCAUUAAAAAAAAAAAAAAGAUGUAUUCCGACAGCCGUAUCUUAGAAAGUGAAGAGAAGGAAAAUGGGUCGUGGUCUGGCUGUUAUGACCUUGCGGUGAUACUCUACAGAAACAUUUCUAUCCAUCCUUGCGAACUCUUGCCAUGUAAUGUGCUGAAGCUCGCUCACUGAAGACUGUAAUGCAAGUGUAUGUUGGUUGGAGGAUUGGGUCGCAGAGUGUGCAAGUGUAUAGCAGCAGUUAGCUGGGGGCUGAUGGUUAUAUUGAGAAUAUGCACGUAUGGAUUUUAGCAGGUAGAGAUGUUUGAUAUGAAAAUAUAUGCAGGAUUUGUUUUUGUUUUUUGUUUUUUUAAUCACGGCUUCCAAAGAGUAUUUUUUUUCUUUUUUAUGAGCAACAACAACAAAGUACAGUAAUUGUAUAAUCAGCCUUGUUUUUUGUUUAGUUUUGUAUAAGCUAAUGGGUGGUUUAGGUAUUCUGUUCAGUGCCGCCAGGUCCUGGUGUGUAUUUUUAGAAGUAUGUACGGAUGGAACAAGGUGAGAAGCCUUGUUUAUUUAAUGUUAAGGAGUUGUAUUCUUUUUAUUUUUGGCCCUGUGAGCGAAGUUUUUUUUUUUUUUUUCAGGAAGUGGAGUACAAAAGGCCAUUCAGAUGAACAAAAUGUAUUUUAUCUGCUGUUUACAUGUUAAGAGAAGAACAACGAAAACACUUCAGUGGACUUAAAACGCCACCUGUUUUUAAAAAGAACAAAAAAAAACACUUCCUAUUGUUCACACUACACAUGAUGACUGUCGUUUACAUUUAAAUAGAACUCUAAAAUAAUUCACUACAUUCUCUGUAGCAACAAAAAUAUAGGCCUCUUGUAAUUAUAUUAUUGUGAUAUACUUUUUUCUUUUUAUAAAACUGUGACCCCCUCCCCCAUUCCCAGUCCUCUCCUCUCCUCCCCACCUUACAAUAAAGCAAUCAUUGGAGGGGUGUUGAUUGUGGCAAUUAAUAAGACAAAGUUCUCCAGUGUUACCAUGGAAAUCAGGAGCCUAUGGCUAUUUUUAAUUUUUUUUAAAACUUUUAAGAGCAUAGUAUCUGUAAAAUGGUGGAGGUUUAAAAUAACAAUAUAACAAGCAGUCAGAGCUGAAGCAAUGCAACAAAGAAAAGCAAAGUAUCUUCCGAACAAGUGGUUGUACAGCACUGUCUUUGCACGUUUCUAUGGAGCUAUUGCUAAACGGUUUUUUUUUUUGUUGUUGUCACUUAAGCAUGGUUUUAUGCAAGCUAGUGUGUGCUUGCCAGCAUAUGUAAUAGUUGUUGACCUGUCUCUGUGUCUAGAGGUAGUACUAAUCACGUUUUAAAGGUUUUGUAUUAGAGAAUUCCUAAAUGCACACACAUUGAAUUUGUAUUCAAUAAUGGAUGUUUUGAUUCUUUUUCUUUUUCUUAGAUGUAUGAGCAUGCCAGUAUGUUAGAAGCAUACAUUCUGUUACAUUAUAUCUCUUUAUAUAAGACUUUUAAAAUUGGCCUCUGUUCAUAUGGAAUAAAAUAUAUACUUUGUGGUAAAA